CCGUUGAUAAGCUCAGAGAGGGAGGGAGGGCAGCAGGCAGGAUCACAGUGAUCAUUUGUAGUGAAAAGUAUCUGAGAGAAGGUUCGUCUUGGAGCUUCCUCAGUGGUUCAGGAGAGCAUGGCCUCUCAGUGAAGCGAAGAGGCUCAGUCGCUCAGUGACGCUGAAGGAAAUGAACAUUAUCAGCAGAGCCAGAAGAAGAGUGAACAUUCAAACCAAGGGGACAGAGGCAUAUCGACUUCAAAGGCGUCUCUCCUGGUUUCGCCCAUAAAGCCGAGGGUAUAUUUGUGAGCCAGUAUGGGGGACUGGAACCUGUUGGGGAAGCUGCUGGAGAGCGCCCAGGAACACUCCACCGUUGUGGGCAAAGUGUGGCUUACAGUGCUAUUUAUCUUCCGCAUCCUGGUGCUGGGAACCGCCGCUGAGAAGGUGUGGGGCGACGAGCUGUCCGGCUUCACGUGCGACACCAAGCAGCCCGGUUGUCAGAACGUCUGCUAUGACAAGACCUUCCCCAUCUCCCACAUCCGCUUCUGGGUGAUGCAGAUCAUCUUUGUGUCCACGCCCACUCUCAUUUAUCUGGGCCACAUCCUCCAUCUGGUCCGCAUGGAGGAAAAGGAGAAGCAGAAACUGAAGGAGCUUGCCAUACAGCAUGAAAACCAGCAGCAGUUACUCGGCAACAAGCCCAAGAAGGGCUCAGUUAAAGACAACCUGGGCCACGUGCGCUUGCAUGGUGCACUGCUGCGAACCUACGUCUUCAACAUCAUUUUUAAGACGCUGUUUGAAGUGGCGUUUAUUGUAGCUCAGUACUUCCUGUACGGUUUUGAGCUCAAGCCGAUGUACACCUGCGACCGCUGGCCUUGCCCCAACAUGGUGAACUGCUACAUCUCCAGACCCACUGAGAAGACCAUCUUCAUCCUCUUCAUGCUGGCUGUGGCCUGCGUCUCCCUGCUUCUAAACCUGGUGGAAAUGUACCAUCUAGGUUUCAAAAACUGCCACCAGGGUCUUCGCUACAGACGAUCUCGUGCUGCAAAGCAGGCUCCCAAAGUCCUUACCGAGGCCGCAAUGCCUUACGUCCCAAACUACAGCUACUUUGCUGGUCACCCUGCAGUGCCUGAAGCUUUCCCUACGGACCCAAAGUACAGCAUGGCAGAGCCCAACUCUCCUUACAGCCCCUACAACAGCAAAGUGGUUUACAAGCAGAACAGAGAUAAUAUGGCCGUGGAGAGGAAAGGUAAAGCAGAGGGAGACGACAUGAAGGAGAGGAAAACCUCCACUUCGGUCUUUGAGAUGCCUGUUGAAAAUCCGCGCAGGAACAGUCAGUCAAGCAAGCACAGCAACAACAACAACAAGAGCAGGCUGGACGACCUGAAGAUCUGAGCACCUUCCUUGUUGUGAUCCACAACUCAGGAACAGCAGGAGAAGGCCGCGGUGCUUUAGCCGAUGGAAGUAUUUGCAUGAGCGUGGAAGGGACAAAAUAUUGAGCAAACAAAAAAAAAGACACUGUAGCUCUCAUCAGGACUUUAAAUCGUGAGAGGUCAUUACAAGGAGGCUUUGGCAGGAUACACUUGAAUUCAUUUGACUUUGCUCCCACGAUGUGUCUGCAUGUUAUGGAUACAUUUGAAGAUUUUAAAGCAAAGGAACUCUUUGUCCAUAAUUUUGUUAUUAAUGAUUUUUCAUAUACUUGAGAUAGAUUUUAGUUUACGGUUGUACUGUGUUACAAAAACUGUGAGAUGCACUGAAAAGAUUAGAAGCAUCGUUUGACAAAUGUACAUGUGUUACAGAAAUGAUGGAUUAGCUCCAGAAAUACAUACACUACGGUGAAAUACACAAGCAUCCGAUUGCUACACUGAUUUGUGAAUGUGUACUUUAAUUAAACUGACGUGCAGUUAAAGGA